UGUCUGUUUUCAAUGAGGGUGUUUCUUAUUGAUACUUGAUCGCCGGUGCAGCGGCUGCAGGAGGAGGAAGAAGAAGAUGUUGACCGCCUUGUUGUAUGGAGCAGUGGUGUUUCCAGGACUGUUCUGUAGCUGCAGGAAGCUGCUCAGGUCUGCGUUCACACAGUGGACUGAAGCAGACGUGGUUUGUGUCAGUGAGAGGCUGGUUUCUGCCGUCCAUGCGUCCUUGGCUACUGCAGCUGGAGUAACAGUUGUGACAUCAUGCAGGGACGUCAUGUAUGACAGUCACUGGCUGGUGAAUGGAUUUGUUCUAUUUGGAGCUCCCUAUAUGGCCAAUGACCUCUUCGCCAUGUAUCUGAGCCACUACCAUAUACAGAAGGUCAAAGGUCAUGCCAGUUCAUACAGCAGCCACUCUCUGCAGACAGUGAAGGCUUUCCUCAUCAAGGAUUGGAUGUUGGUGCUCCAUCAUGCAGCCCUUCUUCUCAUUUUCAUGCCCAUCACUCUGUUCUUCAGAAGAGGACUGGGUGAUUUCUUCAUUGGUUGCCUUUUCAUGGCAGAGUUCAGCACUCCGUUCAUCUCUAUGGGAAAGAUCCUCAUCCAGCUGGGCCUUGAUGACACCCUGCUGCACCGAAUCAAUGGCAUAGUUGUCCUCCUGAGCUUCUUCACGUGUAGGAUCCUAGUCUUCCCCUUUAUGUACUGGGCGUACGGCAGGCAGUUUGGGAUCCCCCUGCACAGAGUGGCCUUACAUCUGCCUCUGCAUUGCAACGUGGGUAACCUGGUGAUCCUGGCUCCGCAGAUCUACUGGUUUAUCCUCCUGGUGAAGAAAGCCAACAGACUCUACCUCAGACAGGGGAGAGGGAGGGGAGGGGGACACAAAGACAAGCCAGGUACAGACUGAGAACAAAUACUGGGCUGCUAGUAGAAAUAAAACACUGAUCAUUCAUGGAGACAAGUUAGGUAAACUGAUUAUCAAUGACUGAUAGGUUGUCUUAUGCUCAUUGCCCCCUGCUGUUGCAGUAAUUGGCUGGAGGACAGUGCAACAUUUAUUUAUUAUUUGUUGGAUUGUUCAGUCAUUCAAAUAUGUGUCAGUAGCUUUUAGCCCAACCUGAACAAAUGUGGCAUAUUAUGAGGAUAAAGCUGAAAUAUUUAGCUUGAAAUAUUAUAUUUGACAUUUUAUUCCAGUAAAUCUUCAACUUUUUUCUGCGUACCAGUAAAAUAAUGUUAUGACUUCUUGAAAUACUGUGCCUUUCAUAUGCAUUACACAUUUAAACAUACAAUUUUAACUUAAUUCUUGAAAUAUUAGAUUU